AUGGUGACUUCUCUCAUUGUGAUAAAUAACGAGCUGCCCGAUAUUGUGACUUCUCUCAUUGUGAUAAAUAGCGAGUUGCCGGAUAUGGUGACUCCUCUCAUUGUGAUAAAUAACGAGCUGCCCGAUAUGGUGACUUCUCUCAUUGUGAUAAAUAACGAGUUGCCCGAUAUGGUGACUUCUCUCAUUGUGAUAAAUAGCGAGCUGCCCGAUAUUGUGACUCCUCUCAUUGUGAUAAAUAGGGAGCUGUCCGAUAUCGUGACUCCUCUCAUUGUGAUAAAUAGCGAGCUGCCCGAUAUGGUGACUCCUCUCAUUGUGAUAAAUAACGAGUUGCCCGAUAUGGUGACUCCUCUCAUUGUGAUAAAUAACGAGCUGCCCGAUAUGGUGACUUCUCUCAUUGUGAUAAAUAGCGAGCUGUCCGAUAUGGUGACUCCUCUCAUUGUGAUAAAUAACGAGCUGCCCGAUAUUGUGACUUCUCUCAUUGUGAUAAAUAGCGAGCUGCCCAAUAUUGUGACUUCUCUCAUUGUGAUGAGGUUGUAUUAA